UGCAGCUUCUUUCUGUGCAUUGCCUAGAUGGCUGAUGCUGACCCUGAGGAAAGAAACUAUGACAACAUGCUGAAAAUGCUGUCAGAUCUGAAUAAGGACUUGGAAAAACUAUUGGAAGAGAUGGAGAAAAUCUCAGUGCAGGCAACCUGGAUGGCCUAUGACAUGGUGGUGAUGCGCACCAACCCCACGCUGGCCGAGUCCAUGCGUCGGCUGGAGGAUGCCUUCGUCAACUGCAAGGAGGAGAUGGAGAAGAACUGGCAAGAGCUGCUGCAUGAGACCAAGCAAAGACCGUAGGCCCCACUGGCCCACCACAGCUGCCAUGCCACCCUCUGCCCAUGAAGAGGUCCCUGGGGGAUGAAGCUGGUGCCCACGCAAACAGCUGUAUGCACUGUACUUGUUUCUUAAUAAACUUAUUUUUAAGCACA